UGAGAACAGGACAUAUGCAAAAUUUCAGAUAGAUAUCUUAAAAAAUUCGAGAUUAGUUCGCAUAUAUACAUGUAUGUAUGUAUUUUAUUAAGAUGAGGUUUGUGUAAGUCGCAGUCGUACCAGUACCGUAGUUUCCUAAGGGUUAAUAUUUUUAUCAUAUAGUCGAUUAGAGUCAUAUUUUUUGUCGCGUUUAUCGAUCUUAAACUUAUUAAUCAAACGUAUACUAACAACAUGGUCCAAUGUCGACAAACUUGAGGAAUACAACUAAUUUUAAUUAUUUUCUAAAAAAAUUCGGAAAAUAACGUCACAAAGCUUAAUUUUGUUUAAAAAAUUCUCCAUCAAAUAAUUUUUGCUCUCGAUUUAACAUUUAUAAAAAUAACUUUGUCCAUGAUCAAAAAAUACAUUUUAGUAAUUUUUCUCUCUACACAAUUUAACUGUUUUCAUUCGAUGUGCACCGUGAACGAAACAAUUUAUAUUGAAUUCGGAUAAUAUUGGAAGACCGAUAACUCGUUCUUGGUUACGGCUAAGUUUGAUUGCUUGCUUCGUCAUUUAGUAUAAAGUGCGCACUGUUGCAUUUUUCUAAAAUCUCUAAUUCGUGAAAAUUCUAUUUAUGUCCUAUCGCCACAUUUUUCUACAAAACUACCUUAGUUGUUAGGCUUUAUUUAAUUAAAUUCGCGAAAUUUAGAUGGGAACCAAACUAUAUCAAAGAACCAAAUCGGAAAAAGAUCUGCGCUUUCCCAGAUUUUUCGGUUACGGUUUAAAAUCGCGCUUUUUUGAUGAUACUGUUUCCAAAUUAGUGAUAUCCGGUUCGAUUACACUAUAGUAUUAAAUUUGGUAAAAGCUUUAAUAUACGUCGGCUAUGUAUCAAGUAACAAUCCAAACGAUUACUGGAUAAAGAAUUCACAUAUAAAGUAUGUCGUCAUUCGUAGAUUUAAAAGUCAAUAGAACGCAAUUAUAUGAUGAUAAUCUUCUAAUUUUGUGUACUCGCCAUUAGUUUUGCGGUAAUUUUGUUUCAAUUUGGCGAUAUCAAAUGUGGUUUUUCGUAUCAUAUUUUAUGGUAUUUUUCCCAAAGGAAUAUAACGUAAACAAAGCAAAACCCCACUAAAGUCAUUGGAUACUCUCUGGUUUUAUCAACAGCUUUCAUUUGGUUAACUGCCUUACUCGCGUGCUGUCUGAAACACUAUCUUAGCUCCGAAAACAAUGUUACUAAAACUGGUUUUCUGCUUGAUACCGUUAUUGUUAAGUUUUCCGCUUGGUGUACAUGGUUUCGGCAUACACCUCAUGGAGAUUUCUGCCACGGAUCAUUCAAAAAUCGUCUGUACACUCGCACUGCUGCAAAAAUAUUUUCAAUACGGUGAACCACUCACUGGUUCGGUAAUUUCUAUCAGUUUUACAUCAGCCUCGAUUCAAAUACAGCAAGAUUUACUGAACGCUAUGCACACCCAGGUUGCCAUACCAUGGACAGUUGUGGUAAGGAAUCCACGUCAAGCAACGAAUAACCCGAGAUCUACUGUGAUUUUGCAUGAGAAGCCGCAGUGCUACUUCAUUGCUAUUGAGAAUUUAGAAGAUGGCGAUUUGGAGGAUGUUUUCGAUGAUUGGAAAACGAAUAUAAAUUGGAAUCCACUGGCACAAUUCGUUGUGUAUUUGGCUUCACUCGAGGAAACCGAUGAUGUGAUGACUGAGUUAAUGAUUGAAAUACUACUCAGUUUCAUGAAUAAGAAAAUUUACAAUGUCAAUGUAAUUGGCAAAAACGAAGAGAAUGACUUUUACUACGGAAAGACAGUGUUUCCAUAUCAUCCAGACAAUAAUUGUGGAAAUCGGGUAAUUGCUAUAGAAACCUUGGAUAUGUGUGGUUAUCAAGAUUCAAAUAAACCAAAGGACGAGUAUAAUUUUGAUGAGGAAGACAAUGGAGAGAAAAUCGAUUACGAUGGCGAAGAUGAUGACGGCGGUGAACAAGAUGACGAUGACAAUAAAAGUAAUAAAGAUGGAGAAUUUGAUAAAGGAGAUAGAGAUCAGCAUAAAAGGGGAAAUGGUGACGAGAGUGGAGAUUCGGACAGAAAAGAAAAGGAUGUUAGAAUUACAAAUGGAGAGGAAAAUGAUUAUGGGAAUAGAAAUUGUGGCAGGGAAAGAGAUGGAAAUACUGAUCAAGAUACAGACGGUAGAGUUGCUGCUGGCGCUGAAAUGGAUACAAUUAAUGAUAAAGAAAGCGAUGUGGUUGAAAACGAAAGCAGCAAUGUGGACGGAAGUGAAAGCUUAGAAGAAGAAAGCUAUAAGAAACGAAAUGAAGAAAGAAAUAUAAAAAUUAAUAGGUGCCAGAUUGAAAACGAGUUUAUUAAUGAAAAAGGAAGUGAAGGUAAAUAUGACAAUAAAAAUGAAAGAGAACAAAGAGUUGUUAGUAAAAACAGUGAAGAAAUGGAGGUAAACGUAGUAAAAGAUGACAAUAUAGCGGACCAUGAUAAUGUGGGUGAGGUAAACGGUGCAUUCAUAAAAAAUAAGGAACUGAGCUGGAAUUAUGGACAUGUUGGACAUGGAAGCAAAUCGAAUUUUAAAACUGCUACACAAACCCGAGCAAAAAGCACUUCGCAUACUAGGGAGAGGAUGCAACAGAAACAAAAUUUAAAGGUUACAAAGAAAAAUGAAAAUCUAUUUUUACCAAAACAUCAAAGACUCACCGACUACAGUCAAGAGAACACAAAUGAUUUUCAAACGCAGACAAUCUACUUACAGGAACUAUAUCGAGCAUCGUUUCUUGAUAAGUUCCCAAAGGAUCUUAGGGGUUGUCCUGUUGUGGCCGCUUUUCGUCCCUGGGAACCAUAUAUCUUUAAAGAAACCGGCGAGUACGAGAAAAAAAUAAACAGCAACCCCGGAGCUGAUGAAAGCAAUGAAAAUUUAGCCACCGAUGCGGCAGUGUAUGACUUAGAAAAUAAGGAAGAUGUUGUUAAAAAUACUUAUGACUAUGCUGAUGCUGACGCAGAGAUAGAGAAUUCCUACGAUGAUACAGAUCUGAGCGAUGAACCAGCGUUGCAGUUAGAUGGCAUCGAGUACCAGUUGGUGCAGACAGUCGGCGAGCGUCUACAUAUAACUAUAGACUUACAGUUAGAGAAUAGCAAUCUAUAUCAUCUCUUUCAGCAACUUAUUGAUGGAGAUAUCGAAAUGAUUUUAGGUGGCAUCGAUGAAGACCCCAGCAUCAGUCAGUUCGUCUCCAGCAGCAUUGCCUAUCAUCAGGACGACCUUACAUGGUGCGUGGCGAGAGCUAAACGCAAAUAUGAUCUCUUAAAUUUCCUGCAGAGCUUUCACAUUAGCACUUGGCUCUUUACAUUGGCUUUCAUUCUCAUAUCUUCAUUGAAUAUAUACAUUGUACAAAAACUGCUGAAUAUACGGUUGACCUAUUUCGGUGGUUUCUUUGCCACUGUUGUACGCAUGCUCGGCAUUAUACUCAGCCAGUCUACACAACUCACACGUUUACCCAAUUCGCUGUAUAUAACCUUCGGCAGCACUUUCUUCUUGGCUAUAAUGUUUGUGAAUGUCUAUCAAAGUUUUCUGGUUAGCACCUUAACAACGCCGAAAUCAUCCUAUCAAAUCAGUCAUUUGGAGGAAAUUUACCGCAAUCGCAUGACAGUGACGGGGAGUGUGGAGAACGUGCGUCAUCUUAAUAAGGAUGGUGAGAUUUUCAAGUAUAUCCGCGAGAAGUUUCAGAUGUGCUACAACAUCGAGGAGUGCCUCAAUCGUGCAGCGACCGAUGAAAGUCUCGCAGUCGCCGUUUCCCGUCAACAUUCCUUUUACAAUCCACAGAUUAAACGCGACCAGCUUUACUGCUUCGAUCGCAAUGAGAAUAUCUAUGUGUACUUGGUUACCUUGCUAUUACCGAAAAAGUAUCAUUUACUACCCAAAAUCAACCCUGUCAUACAGCAUAUCAUUGAAUCGGGUCAUAUGCAGAAAUGGGCGCGCGAACUCGAUUUGAAACGUAGAAUUCGCGAGGAAAUACAGCGUGCGCAAAAAGUGCUCGUCAAGAGUUUAACAAUCAAACAGAUAGGUGGCAGUUUUGCUCUUCACGGUAUGCUGUCCGCUGUGGCACUGCUAAUAUUUAUCCUUGAAUGUUGGAUCUAUUGGAUGGUGGUAAAACGGCGCACUCGUUUAAGAUUGGUUAAAUUUUUAAACCGUAAAUUUUGUUCGAGGUGAAACCAAAACCUUUUUGCAAGUUUUCUCUUAGAACUACUGGAUGUUAUAUUACCCACAAACAGAUUAACAACCAUUUAAUUUUAGGGCACGCCUAAGGUGACAGCCUAGAAAAAGUGAUUUUCGGAAUUAAACAAAAAAUUACUAUUUCAAUUGUUUUAAAGUUUUAAGCGUAUAUUUUAUAAAUAUUUUAAGAAUACAUAGAAAAUUUUGUUUAGCUAAAAUACUAGGUUCUCCACAGCUCCAGUGAUUCCGGCCUUCUGUCUUAAAUAAUGAUCCAUGCCAAAUUUCGUGAAGAUACCUCGUCAACUGAACGAGUUUUCCAUACAGGCACUUGAUUCCGAUCGUUCAGUUUGUAUGGCAGCUAUAUGCUAUAGUCAUCCAAUCUAUACAAUUUCUUCGGAAAUUACAUUGUUGCCUUAGAAAAUAACUCACCAAUUUUCGUGAAGAUAUUACAUAAAAUAAAAAAGUUUCUCAUACAAAUACUUGCUUCCGAUUGUUCCAACAAAUAAGCAGCUUCUUAGUGAGAAAAGGACAGGUGCAAAUUUUCAGAUCGUUAGCUUAAAAACUGAGGGACUAGUUUAUAUAUAUGAGUAUAGACAGACGGACAUGGCUAAAUCAACUCAGCUCAUCAUGCUGAUCAUUUAUGUAUAUAUUUUAUAGGAUCUACGACGUUUCCUGCUGGGUGUUACAAACUUCGUGGCAAACUUAAUGUGCGCCUGUUCAGGGUAUAAAAAUCUAUUAGAAGAUAUUGUCCAUACAAUAUCAACACUCUAUAGGCUUCAAACAUCUAUAAAGGCCUAAUAGAUUACAUAACUAUUUGAGCUUAUAUAAAACUUUAUUCAUGGGCAGCCUUUUUUUUCCAAUUGAAGAAAGGGGACGUCAAUUGGUGAUUUUGAUCACACCGUUUUAAGUGACACAAAGAAUGAUCAUUAAUAAGGGUAUUCAGACUCAACAUGUUGAUCUGGUAAUUCGUUAGUUGAUACUUCGUUAAAACACGUUACUGUGAAAAUUCUUCUUGCUCUAUCUCAUUCGUGUGGUAAAUUGUGUUUAAAACCGUUGAUUAAACUUUAUUAAAUACUUA